CCUCCUCCCCUCGCACACAGCACACUACCAGACACACGCACCACUGCGGCUCUCGUCUCUCUUCUCCGUCUCAGAACGCGGACCGGGGACAAAAUAACCAUUCGGGACAAGAGAAAAAACACGCCAAAAACCCUAGAUCUCUCGCCUCCGCAUUGCCGGCCCUGGCACCGCCUUUCUAUGACCGUCGGCCCCCGCUGAGGGAACGCGACAUGGCCUCCGCGGCCGUCAUCCCCUCACCCGCCUCCGGCGUCGCCGCCGCCGCGGCCGUGGCUCCGGGCGUCGACCCCGCGGCGGCCGGCUGGCUCAUGGACGAGCGCGACGGCUUCAUCUCCUGGCUGCGCGGCGAGUUCGCCGCCGCCAACGCCAUCAUCGACCUCCUCGUCGUCCACCUCCGCACCGCCGGCGACCCUGGCGAGUACGACCACGUCUUCGCCGCCGUGCAGCAGCGCCGCCACCACUGGACGCCCGUGAUCCACAUGCAGCAGUUCUUCCCCGUCACCGACGUCGCCUACGCCCUCCAGCAGUCGGGCUGGCGCCGCCGGGCGCCUCCGCCCCAGCAGCAUGGGCAUGGCCCUGCCGUCUCGCCGUCCCCGCCGCCGCCGCCCCCGCGCCGGCCCUCCUUCUCGCCGUCCCACUCCCACCAUCGCAACGCUGUUCACCAUCGCUCCGAUCCGAUGCGAGGUUCCGGCAACGUCGCCCCUACUGGAUCCGAUAAAGAUGGACGUGAACUUCAUAACAAAGAAGGGAAGGGACUGAAGGAAGGGGAUAACGUGGUUGAUGCUAAAAGUCUACAGUUGGGCUCCCCUGUUACUGAUGAAGGUGACAAAAAUCCCAAGCUGCAAGCUAACGCUGAAGGAAGCAGCAAAGUGGUUCCAACCCCUGUACUGUAUGCUACGAAUGAAAUAAUUGAUGGAAAGCCGGUUAAUACUGUUGAUGGGCUUAAGGUCUAUGAAGGGUUGGUAAAUGUGAUGGAGACAAACAGGAUCAUCUCUUUUGUUAAUGAAACAAAAACUUCUUCUCGUCGAGGAGGGUUUGAAGUGGGGCAGACUGUUGUUGUUGGUAAAAGACCACUAAAGGGUCAUGGGAGCGUAAUUAUUCAGCUUGGAGUUCCUAUCAUUGAUGGACCUCUUGAAGAUGAAAAUCCAAGAGAGACAAGGGUGGAGCCUGUUCCCGGGUUGCUGCAUGACCUGUUUGAUCGCUUGUUUCAGCAGGAAAUUAUGCCUUCUAAGCCAGACUAUUGUGUUAUUGACUUCUACCAUGAGGGUGAAUAUUCCCAUCCUCAGCAAGCUCCUUCUUGGUAUGGCAGACCUCUUUGUACACUCUGCCUGACAGAGUGUGAUAUGGUAUUUGGACGAGUUAUUUUAGGAGAACGAGGCGAUUUUAGAGGUCCUUUGAAGCUCUCUCUGUCUACAGGGUCGCUUAUAGUUUUGCAAGGGAAAAGUUCUGAUGUGGCCAAGCGAGCUAUUUGUGCUACACGCAAGCCGCGAAUCCUACUAACUUUUGGGAAGUCUGUGGCAAGAAAACACAUACCAUCAGAAAGUUCUUCACGGUUUACUCCCCCAUUAACACCACCUCCUAUGCCGUGGGGUCCACCAUCAAGGCCAGCUAACAUGAGGCCACAUUCGCAGGGGCCUGCACAUUCCCCAAGUCCUAAACACUAUGGAUACACUCCCACCAGCAAUGUACUUCCAGCACCAACUAUUGGACCUCAUCAUAUCCCUCCAUCUGAUGGAAUGCAGCCACUCUUUGUAGCACCAGCUCCUAUUGCUGCCACAGCCAUACCUUUUCCUUCAGCUGUUCCCUUGCCAAAUACAAAUACAACAUCAGCUUGGAUGCCAGAUGCUGCCCCAAGGCCUGCCCCGCCUCGAUUCCCUGUUCCAGGUACGGGGGUCUUCCUUCCUCCUGGAUCAGGCCACCAACUGCCUCAUCAGAUGAUACAAGGUUCACAUGCUCACGCUGAACCUAACUCUCCACAAGGUUUGACCGGUUAUGUGCAUAACAAGGGUACUGGCAUGGAGAUGGCUAACGGUAAUGCUUCUCCAAGGAGCUCACCAAUAACAAAAAGGCCUGAUACAACUGAGGCGAAACCAGAGUGCAAUGGGAGCUUGAAUGGUGGUUGCAGCUCUGCAGAUGAGAAGUCAGCUGUGGGUAAGGAUCAGGCAAAUGGUGGUACGAAGAAGGCUGGAAACAGCAAGGUCGAGCCAAAUCCUGCUAAAUAGAAGGGAGGUAUAGUACAUAGACAACAGAAACAUGAAGAGGGGAGCAAACUUCAAUUUUUUGGAUCGUGAUUGAGGGAAUUCCAAAAAGAACAUUCACUGGAUUACACUGAGCUGGACUGCGGUCUUCAUUGGCAACUCUCUUAUCCUUGACAAAAGAACCUCGAUGUCGAGUAGUUUAAAAGACUGGAUGCCGUCUUAAAUUUUGUAGCUGCUCUGUAGUAAAACUGGAUAUAUCAUGCUGCUUUAACUUAUUGUCUUCUAUCGUUGUGGAAGCACGGGUCAGAUGUUCUAAAUAGCAUGGGUUACUCUGAGAUGUUUGUUUCGUUAA